CAGAUUCACCACCGGCUCCCCUGCACAACCGCGUCCGCGCUGCACCACCACCGUUCAUCGAGGAGGAGGGGGGACGGAGACCACGGACAUGGAGAGAUCUCAACGGCAGUCUCCUCCGCCACCGUCGCCGUCCUCCUCCUCGUCCUCCGUCUCCGCGGACACCGUCCUCGUCCCUCCCGGAAAGAGGCGGAGGGCGGCGACGGCCAAGGCCGGCGCCGAGCCUAAUAAGAGGAUCCGCAAGGACCCCGCCGCCGCCGCCGCGGGGAAGAGGAGCUCCGUCUACAGGGGAGUCACCAGGCACAGGUGGACGGGCAGGUUCGAGGCGCAUCUCUGGGACAAGCACUGCCUCGCCGCGCUCCACAACAAGAAGAAAGGCAGGCAAGUCUACCUGGGGGCGUAUGACAGCGAGGAGGCAGCUGCUCGUGCCUAUGACCUCGCAGCUCUCAAGUACUGGGGUCCUGAGACUCUGCUCAACUUCCCUGUGGAGGAUUACUCCAGCGAGAUGCCGGAGAUGGAGGCCGUGUCCCGGGAGGAGUACCUGGCCUCCCUCCGCCGCAGGAGCAGCGGCUUCUCCAGGGGCGUCUCCAAGUACAGAGGCGUCGCCAGGCAUCACCACAACGGGAGGUGGGAGGCACGGAUUGGGCGAGUCUUUGGGAACAAGUACCUCUACUUGGGAACAUUUGACACUCAAGAAGAGGCAGCCAAGGCCUAUGACCUUGCGGCCAUUGAAUACCGUGGCGUCAAUGCUGUAACCAACUUCGACAUCAGCUGCUACCUGGACCACCCGCUGUUCCUGGCACAGCUCCAACAGGAGCCACAGGUGGUGCCGGCACUCAACCAAGAACCUCAACCUGAUCAGAGCGAAACCGGAACUACAGAGCAAGAGCCGGAGUCAAGCGAAGCCAAGACACCGGAUGGCAGUGCAGAACCCGAUGAGAACGCGGUGCCUGACGACACCGCGGAGCCCCUCACCACAGUCGACGACAGCAUCGAAGAGGGCUUGUGGAGCCCUUGCAUGGAUUACGAGCUAGACACCAUGUCGAGACCAAACUUUGGCAGCUCAAUCAAUCUGAGCGAGUGGUUCGCUGACGCAGACUUCGACUGCAACAUCGGAUGCCUGUUCGAUGGGUGUUCUGCGGCUGACGAAGGAAGCAAGGAUGGUGUAGGUCUGGCAGAUUUCAGUCUGUUUGAGGCAGGUGAUGUCCAGCUGAAGGAUGUUCUUUCGGAUAUGGAAGAGGGGAUACAACCUCCAGCGAUGAUCAGUGUGUGCAACUAAUUCUGGAACCCGAGGAGGUUUUCGCUUUCCAGGUGUCCUGUCUUGGGUAAUCCUUGAUCUGUCUAAUGCCACAGUGCCACUGCACCAGAGCAGCUGAGAACUUUCUUGUAGAAAGCCCAUGGCAGUUUGGCGUUAGACAAGUGUGUCGAUGUUCUUUAAUUCUUUGAAUUUGCCCCUAGGCUGCUUGGCUAACGUUAAGGGUUUGUCAUUGUCUCACUUAGCCUAGAUUCAACUAAUCACAUCCUGAAUCUGAAGUGGUUGUGCUUGUGCAGUUUAUCACUGAGUUUACAUGGCAUGAUCAUGGUAACGCAGCCAGUGCAGCAUAGAUUUGUUCGUUUGAACAGUUUACCAAGGCUGUAACCCUAGUAAGCUCCAGAUUAAGGAACCUUUGUUUUCACCAUUCUAUAUUUACUAGAUGAAUGCCCGUAUGUUGCAACGGGAAUAUAUAAUAUUAGUAUACUACAAUAACUUAUAUACAAAAUGUGUGUUAUACCAUUAUGAGAAAAUGUUUCAAAAUC